AUGGAAGUCUGCAGGUGUCACCACGGUUACCUAAUCUCUCUCCUCCUUUUCCUGUUCCAUUCAGAGACAGCCUGCUAUCCCCUGGGAAAGAGACCCUGCGAGAUGCAAGCCUUCAGAAUCUGGGAUGUCAACCAGAAGACCUUCUACCUGAGAAAUAACCAGCUAGUUGCUGGAUACUUGCAAGGACCAAAUACUAAAUUGGAAGAGAAGAUAGACGUGGUGCCCAUCGAGCCCCAUGCUAUGUUCCUGGGAAUCCACGGGGGGAAGCUGUGCCUGGCCUGUGUCAAGUCUGGUGAUGAGAUCAAGCUCGGGUUGGAGCCGGUAAACAUCACUGACCUGAACAGCAGCAAGGAGGAGGACAAGCGCUUCGCCUUCAUCCGCUCCGACAGCGGGCCCACCACCAGCUUUGAGUCGGCCGCCUGCCCCGGCUGGUUCCUCUGUACCGCGCUGGAGACCGACCAGCCCGUGGGCCUCACCAAUACGCCUCAAGAUGCUGUCCAGGUCACCAAGUUCUACUUCCAGCAGGACCAGUAG